CGCCUCCCAACGCCAGGAUCCUCUUCUGAAGUUCGCACAUCUCAUCGCAUCUUGCCUCUAUCAAGACGACAUUCCAUCUAGGACCAGGAAGAAACCCCUUGCAUUCAUCAUCGCAACGUCUGCCGUACCUCGGCGGCGUCUGGCCUGCUUGCAAACAUGAUGGCCAGUUGGUUCGGUUCUAGCUCCCAGAUCGAGGAGCAGGUCCAAAAGGCCACUGAGAGCAGCUUAGAAGAUAUUGCUCUCAACCUCGAAAUAUCAGAUGUCAUUCGCUCGAAGACCGUGAACUCGAAAGAAGCCAUGCGCUCGCUCAAACGUCGCAUAGGCAACAAGAACCCGAACACUCAACUAAGCGCACUUAAUCUUACGGAUACCUGCGUGAAAAAUGGGGGCUCGCAUUUCCUGGUUGAAAUCGCCUCUCGAGAGUUCAUGGACAACUUAGUCUCUCUCCUCAAAGCAUAUGGGGGGGCGUCUGUCAACGAGGAUGUCAAAAACAAAAUCUUAGAGCUGAUACAGACCUGGGCCACCGCCGCUGAAGGACGAGGCGAGCUUGCAUAUAUCGGCGAAACGUACAGGAGCCUACAGAGAGAUGGAUUUAAUUUUCCUCCCAAAACUGAGGUCGCUAGCACUAUGUUGGAUAGCACUGCGCCACCGGAGUGGACGGAUUCAGACGUCUGUAUGCGAUGCAGGACAGCCUUCAGCUUCACGAACCGCAAGCACCACUGCAGAAACUGUGGCAACGUAUUCGACCAGCAGUGUUCGAGCAAAACCCUUCCGUUACCGCACCUUGGUAUUCUACAACCAGUCAGGGUAGAUGAUGGGUGCUACCUCAAAUUGACCGACAAAUCAAAGGGCAGUGGCUUUGCGCCUGAUCGAUUAUACGCUACGCAUAAGCCCAAGGCACAUUCCCCUAUGCAACCACGAAGUGCUCGUAUUGAUGAUGGUUAUGACGAAGACCUCAAAAAGGCCUUGGCAAUGAGUCUUGAAGAGGUUAAUGGUCACACAGGCACUGGCUAUGUCCCCCAAGAAAGGCUUCAAUCUACAUCGAAGGCCAAGGAGACUCAUGCCAACAGUACUCCCAAUAACUCUACAAAUAAGUAUGCGGAGGAAGAAGAUGACGACCUCAAAGCAGCUAUUGCCGCAUCACUUGCAGACAUGGAGGAGCAAAAGAAGAAACACACUGCUACAAUCAAGGAGCAGUCGGCAAACCCCCGGGACAAAGUUUCCACAGAGGCAUUUGUGUUGCCCAAAAACGAUUACGAGCUUACACCUGUUGAAGCUGAAAAUAUUAAUCUCUUCUCGACACUGGUGGACAGACUGCAAACACAACCCCCUGGGACGAUUCUUCGAGAGCCGCAAAUACAGGAACUCUACGAUAGUAUUGGCGCACUUCGUCCAAAGCUUGCACGAACGUAUGGGGAGACGAUGAGUAAGCAUGAUGCUCUUCUCGACCUUCACGCCAAACUUUCAACAGUUGUACGAUAUUAUGACCGUAUGCUUGAAGAGCGUUUGUCGAAUACAUACAACCAGCACUCGAUCGGUGGUUAUAACCUCCCCUUUCAGGGGGCAACAUCAAGUAUCUAUCCUUCGAUAGCUCCUAACGUCCCCGGUGGGCCUGGCGCUGUCGAGAAUUUUUAUACUGGAAAUUCCCAGUCAGAACAGUAUCAGCGACCACAACCAAGUUUCAACGCUCCACCACAAAAUCAGUACUCGGAGUACAACAAGAGAGGCUCUAUUUCAAACCCAGGAUAUCCCGUAAUGGAUCAACGUGGUGAUAACUAUAGUCAGUACUCCGCACAAUCGUCACAGCCGCAAAGGACCUCAAGCUGGCGAGCGAAUGAUCCUUCAUCCACUCCGACUCUCGCGGAUUCUGGAUACCCAACGCCAGAUCAACGAAAUGAAAAUUAUAAUCAGUACCCCUCACAGCCUCAAAGGAGUGGAAGCUGGCAAGUUUCUGAUGUCUCCUCACCAUAUACGUCUCAACCUCCGAAACAACCCCCGGAAAACGCUCCGCCUCAACAAGCUCCCCCAUCCAUGGCUGCUCCAUCUCAACCUUCCACAAGUUAUGCACCCUCUGAACCUGCUUCGACAGACCCAAAUGCAGCAUUCUACUACAAUAACGCUGCACAAGCCCCACCACCACAGCAGGCUCCAGAGCAGAAUCAGUCAAAUCAGUCACAAUACCCACCUGUGCAAUCUCCUCAGCCGUAUCAUUCCACAGUACAACAGACACCACAACAAUUUGCAGAUCAUUCUGCAAAACAGCAACCUGCUCCACCGCCAACACAACCUCCGUACUGGCAAGUCCAGCAACAAAAUUCAGUAGCUCAACAGGCCUGGCAAGCUCCGGGGUCUACAUAUAAUGGCUAUACACAAGAAUCUUUCCCUUCGGCACCUAGCCAUGCCCCACAGCAGAAAGUGGUAGAGGAAAGCUUGAUCGAUCUCUAAUGCGCGGUAUGACAUGAUAGCGAUGGCGUUGGUGGUUAUGAAAUUGUGCACCAUCUUCUUCCCUUGGGGAGGAUCUUGAAUUAUUAUGUAGUAGUAUACUCACUCCUGGAAGUGCGUCGCCUUGUGCAGGCCUAGUAUUUAGAGAAUAUACUUUGAUGCAACGC